AUAAAUAGAAUGAGAAUUAAGAAUUAUUUUUAACCCUUCAAUCACGAAGAUUUAUAAUACUGUGUUAAUGGAUUAAUACAACAUAUGAGUUCAAAUCAUAGAGAAAACGGAAAUUCUAUAUUUUGAAAUGUAUUAAAUUUAACAAUAUGAAUUCAUUAAUUUAAUAGGAAAAUGCGUCAUUCACAGAGAAAGUUUGGUGCAGACAAAACCACGUUUCCUGUUUGCUCGGUUAUAAUAAUCAUAUGAAAAUCAUCCAAACUGGUGAAAAAGGAAACAGAUAUUCUUAAUUUAUUAUUCAUGGCUGAAAUGAAAAUAUCUCCUUGUGAACAAGCAGAAGCCGGCGCCCUCCACCCCAAAUUCAUCAGAGAUGAAGAAGAGAGGCCUAAGGUGGCCUACGACCAAUUCAGCGACGAGAUACCGGUGAUCUCGUUCGCCGGAAUUGAGGAGAGCGGGGAGAAGAGGGCGGAGGCGUGGCGGAGGAUCGUGGCGGCGAGUGAGGAUUGGGGUAUUUUUCAGCUGGUUGAUCAUGGUGUGGAUUUCACGGUGGUUGAAAGGAUGAGUAGUUUAGCUCGAGACUUCUUUGCGUUGCCUUCCGAAGAGAAGCUGAGGUUCGAUAUGUCUGGUGGAAAGAAAGGUGGCUUCAUCGUCUCUAGCCACCUCCAGGGAGAGGUUGUACAGGACUGGCGAGAGAUAGUAACUUAUUUUUCGUAUCCGGUGGCGGCGCGGGACUACUCGAGGUGGCCGGACAAGCCGGAGGGGUGGCGGGCGGCGACGGAGGAGUAUAGCCGGCAGGUGAUGGAAUUGGGGUGCAAAUUGCUGGAGAUUUUAUCACAAGCAAUGGAUCUUGAAAAGGAUGCACUCUCGAAAGCGUGCGUUGAUAUGGAUCAGAAAGUAGUGGUGAAUUUCUACCCAAAAUGCCCCCAGCCGGAUCUCACUUUGGGUUUGAAGCGACAUACGGAUCCGGGUUUAAUAACUCUUCUGCUCCAAGAUCAAGUGGGUGGGCUUCAGGCAACCCCGGAUGGUGGUAAUACAUGGAUCACGAUUCGACCCGUCCAGGGGGCUUUUGUGGUCAAUCUUGGCGACUAUGCUCAUUAUCUAAGCAAUGGGAGGUUCAAGAAUGCAGAUCAUCAAGCUGUAGUAAACUCAAAAUGCAGCAGAUUAUCGAUAGCGACGUUCCAGAACCCAGCCCCUGAUGCCAAAGUUUACCCGCUGAAGAUCAGGGAAGGCGAGGAGUCAAUAAUGAAAGAAGCCAUCACGUUUUCGGAGAUGUAUAAGAGGAAGAUGAGCAACGAUAUUGAGGUCGCCCGCCUCAAGAAGCUCGCCAACCAAAACAAACCUCUUUUCUAAAUUAAGGUUGAUUCCACCAAACCUCUUCAACAGAUAUGCUUGCUUCAUUCCUCAUCAGGAAAAACCGAAGGAUUCUAUUAAGUUCAACACCGGUGACUAAUAAAUACCGCAGCUUUUCUGUUUUAAUGGCUAUAUAUAUCAUGGCUUCAGUGCCUAAUAAAAUAAGUUUGUAAGUUUGAAUUCUAUACAUUAUUUAAUUUAAUUUGUAUUUUGAUUUCGUCUUCUAA